AUGCUCCUCCGAAGUCGAGCCCUUGUCCUAGCCGGGGCUCUGUUAACCUUAAUCCUCUUCUUCUAUUGGACUGGCAGAACCCCUGAAUACGUUGGACCACAAUAUGGACACGGCCCAUACAACCACAAUCAAAAGCACGGCUGGCCCGUGAAGUCGUCCUUGUGGAGGCAAGACCAGGAUGACAAUUACUACUGGAAGACAGUAAAGGUCAACUAUCCUCACUCGGCCAUCCAACCACUGCCAACUUCUCCUCCGGUCACCUUCCCCAAGGUCCAGGCGACGUUCCCUGAAUUCUCUAGAAGUACCGCGGAACUGCGACGUGAGCGUCAGCAGGCAGUCAAAGAGACCUUCAUAAGAUGUUGGAGCUCUUACAAGAAGCACGCCUGGAUGGCUGAUGAACUCAGUCCUGUUUCGGCGGGCCAGGCGAAUCCAUUCGGCGGCUGGGCUGCCACCCUUGUCGACUCCCUCGACACUCUCUGGAUUAUGGACAUGCAGGAAGAAUUCAAUGAAGCUGUUGCGGCGGUAGAUAAGAUUGACUUCACAACCACAGAACUCAAAGAGGUCAAUAUUUUCGAGACCAACAUCCGCUACCUCGGUGGGUUCCUCGCGGCCUUCGAGCUCAGCGCCGAUAUGCGUCUGCUUCGCAAGGCAGUCCAGGUUGGUGAAAUGAUCUACAAGGCUUUCGACACGCCCAACCACAUGCCCAUCACACGGUGGGAUUUCCAUGCUGCGGGCGAGGGAGAAAAUCAGGUUGCAGCCGGCGGAGUUCUCGUUGCAGAGAUUGGAAGCCUAUGCAUGGAGCUUACACGACUCUCACAACUCACAGGAGACCCUAAGUGGUUUGAUGCCUCGCAGACCAUCACGGACUUAUUGGCAGCGCAGCAAGAUUCAACCAAGCUCUCCGGCCAGUGGCCUUUGAUUGUGGAUGCCAAAAGCGAGAUCUUCAACCAAGGAUCGAUCUUCACUCUCGGUGCCAUGGCUGACUCAGUGUACGAAUAUCUACCCAAAAUGGCAGCAAUGAUGGGCGGACAACUACCUGUCUAUCAAGCCAUGUAUGAGAAAGCCGUGGACGCAGCUCUACAGCACAAUCUGUAUCGUCCCAUGACACCCGAGAACAAAGACAUCCUCAUUUCUGGGCAGAUUCGUGCCAAAGACAAGGAUGGAAAAAUUCAGUUUGAACUCGAGAGCCAAGGACAACAUCUGGUAUGCUUCCUUGGAGGCAUGCUGGCACUGGGUGGAAGACUUUUCAACCGCCAACAGGACGUGGACACUGCGGCCAAGCUUACCAAUGGCUGUAUUUAUACAUAUGAAGCCUUUCCCCAUGGCAUUAUGCCCGAAACCUUCCACAUGAUUGCGUGUGAUCCAAGGGAGCAAUGUCAGUGGGACGAAAAGCGAUGGAAAGAAGGUGUUCUCAGGGAAUCCAAGAUCAAAGAAGGCGAGACGACACAAGCAGACGCCAUUAUCAAGAACCAGCAUCUUCCUGAGGGCUUCACCCGUAUUCCCGAUCGCCGAUACAUCCUACGCCCAGAGGCUAUCGAGAGCGUCUUCAUGAUGUACCGUGUCACUGGCGAGCACGAGUAUACCGAGCACGCGUGGACCAUGUUCAAGGCUAUCGAAGAAGCGACAAAAACAGAAUUGGCCAACACAGCCGUGUGGGAUGUGACAGUUGCGGAAGAGAAGCCCCGCGCAGUCGAUUCUAUGGAAUCAUUCUGGAUGGGUGAAACGCUCAAGUACUUUUAUCUCAUUUUUAGCGACCCAGAGCUAAUCAGUCUGGAUGAGUAUGUGUUUAAUACUGAGGCGCAUCCCCUGAGACGGCUGGUAGUAUAA